AUGCUAAUUGACGAUAAAAAGGAGAAACAAGAUGAAGAAUUCCGAAAGCUAAUUUCGCACUCCAAGAAGGUACUGCGAAUUACCGAGGAGGAGCUUUGGGAUACAGGGAAGACUUUAGACAGUGGCGCUUUCGGGAAAAUAUACAAGGGGGAAUACAGAGGCCAUAGGGUUGCCAUUAAAUGUCUGAAUCCGAAAAAUAGAUUGUCCAACUACCGUGAGCUCAUAUGUCUCAUGGAAUGUCACUGCCCUAACAUUGUGGGCAUUAUCGGCGCUGGACCAAGUCCUGCAAAGAAAUGCCUUAUGUUUAUCGUUAUGGAAUUUGCCCGGAAUUCCUCUUUACACCAUCUCCGCUCAGCCCGCUUCGACAAAAGAAUCGGUAAUCCGUGGCAAGUCGAGUACGCAAUGUCUCACGCAUUCCUAUGGUUUCUUCACGCAGCAAACGGCCUGGAAUAUCUUCACGAACAUUGUGAUCCACCAAAGAUCCAUCGUGACAUUAAACCAGGGAACAUGCUCCUUUUUGACGAUUGUCGUUUACUUAAGCUCUGUGAUUUUGGGACUGCCCGAGACGAGGACGUAUCUCUAACCUCGCACCAGGGUGCCAUAAGGUAUAUGGCCCCUGAAGUAUUUGAGCCUGGAACUAAUGGAAAGCCAAACCGUUACGACCGAAGUGUAGAUAUUUACAGUCUCUGCGCAUCAUUCUGGGAAGUCUUUACUCGUGCAGAUUAUCCGCGAUAUUACCAGCCCAUUGAAGGCUGUCCCAUGAUGGUACAGAAAUUACUCAGGAGAGGCCUUAGCAAGAAGGUAGAACAACGACCAAAAAUCAGGGAUAUUGUUCGCUUCUUGGAGUUUGUCGUUAAGAAAAUCUCACCCCUGCCGCCCGCGAGAUGCAAUUUGGAAUUCCCACCCACGGAACUGGAUGAAGACGAGUCGACCGUCACCGUAAGUGCUAACAACUUCACUGAACCAAACUGA